AUGGCUCUUAUUACGGCCGUGCCUCGCUCCCGCCGCGCUGACACCGCCGGGCUGAGCGCGGAGUCGCCUCCAGCGGGAAGCGCGCUUCCGUUAUCUGCGCCCCCUCCUCAGCCCCGCUCUCUCCCUCCCUGGAUGUUUAAGGCGAGGAUGAACAAACAGGUCCAGCCCGAGCGCAAAGUGUCGGUGGUGGCCCCCUUGCCGGACCGCGCGGGGCCGCCGCCCCCGAAGAAGGACGUGGAGCUGAUCCUGGUGAAGGAGCACAACGGGGUGCAGUACACCAGCAGCAGCCUCCUGCCCGCCGCCCCCGCGCCGCGCUACGGCGCCCAGGACAGGGAGACCUGGGGCAAGAAGAUCGACUUCCUCCUCUCCGUCAUCGGCUUCGCCGUGGACCUGGCCAACGUCUGGCGAUUUCCAUACCUCUGCUACAAAAAUGGAGGGGGUGCUUUUCUUAUUCCCUAUAUCCUGUUCUUGAUCAUUGCGGGAAUGCCCCUGUUCUAUAUGGAAUUAGCACUGGGACAAUAUAACAGAGAAGGGGCUGCCACUGUGUGGAAAAUCUGUCCAGUUUUCAAAGGUGUAGGCUAUGCAGUGAUACUCAUAGCUCUUUACGUGGGUUUCUACUACAACGUUAUCAUAGCUUGGUCUCUGUAUUAUCUGUUUUCGUCAUUCACAUUUGAACUCCCCUGGACAAACUGUGACAACAGUUGGAACAGUCCAAACUGUACAGAUCCCAAACUCUUCAAUGCAUCAGUGCUUGGCAAUGGUACUAAAUACUCGAAGUACAAGCUCACUCCUGCAGCUGAAUUUUAUGAGCGAGGAGUUCUGCACCUGCACGAAAGCCGUGGGAUCCAUGACCUUGGCUUGCCUCGCUGGCAACUUUCCCUCUGCCUCUUGGUGGUGGUAAUCAUUCUUUUCUUUAGUCUAUGGAAAGGCGUGAAGACUUCAGGAAAGGUUGUUUGGAUAACAGCCACUUUGCCUUAUGUUGUAUUGUUUGUCUUACUAAUACACGGAAUAACCCUCCCUGGUGCAUACAAUGGAAUAAAUGCAUACCUGCACAUAGAUUUCAGAAGAUUAAAAGAAGCCACAGUGUGGAUUGAUGCAGCUACCCAGAUAUUUUACUCCUUAGGAGCUGGGUUUGGUGUUUUAAUUGCAUUUGCCAGUUACAAUAAGUUUGACAACAACUGUUACAGGGAUGCUUUGCUGACAAGUACCAUUAACUGUGUCACAAGCUUCAUCUCAGGAUUCGCCAUUUUCUCCAUAUUGGGCUACAUGGCUCACGAGCACAAAGUUAAAAUUGAAGAUGUAGCUACCGAAGGAGCUGGUUUAGUUUUCAUCCUGUACCCAGAGGCAAUUUCAACUCUUUCAGGAUCUACAUUUUGGGCAGUGGUGUUCUUCAUCAUGCUCCUCACUCUUGGCAUCGACAGUUCUAUGGGUGGAAUGGAGGCUGUCAUCACUGGCUUGGCAGAUGAUUUCCACAUUCUGAAGCAGCACAGGAAGCUCUUCACCUUUGGGGUUUCUUUUGGCACUUUCCUACUUGCCCUUUUUUGCAUCACCAAUGGUGGAAUUUAUGUGCUCACACUUCUGGACACAUUUGCAGCUGGGACCUCAAUAUUGUUCGCCGUUCUAAUGGAGGCAAUCGGAGUCUCCUGGUUUUAUGGUGUGGACAGAUUCAGUGAAGAUAUUCAACAAAUGAUGGGCUUCAAACCAGGCCUCUACUGGAGAUUGUGCUGGAAAUUUGUUAGCCCUGCUUUUUUAUUGUUUGUGGUGAUAGUCAGCAUAAUAAAUUUCAAACCUCUGACCUACGACGACUACACCUUCCCUCUCUGGGCAAACCGCAUCGGCUGGGGAAUAGCAUUAUCUUCCAUGAUACUUGUGCCUGCCUAUAUCAUCUAUAAAUUUAUGAAUGUGCGUGGGACCUUUAAAGAAAGACUAGCUUACUGCAUCACACCUGAAAACGAGCACCAACUCGUGGCCCAAGGAAAUGUCAGGCAGUUUAAGCUCCAACACUGGCUAACAAUAUGACAACCAGGUCAAGGAGAAAGCCCACAUGUUAAGCUAAACUGAAAAUACAGAAAAGUCAAGUUCAAAGCUCCCUCAAUUAUGCUUGGCCCAGGCUGGCUCAGAGCUUAUCUACUGACUCUUUGAGGGAAGACAUCUGCUCUCUGUUGUCAAUGCCUCCCUUCUAUUACUUGGCUUCAAAUGAUCUUUAAAGACUCCGUUUAAUUUUUCUUGCAUCCUUUGGUGCCAUGAAAUCCCUACAUGACCAAAACUUGUGAGUUUUGCUAUUGGCAGAAGUGGAGGAGGGGGGAGCAGAGAAAAGAAAAAAGCAAUCAGCAUAAGUUAAAUGCUUUUUUUUUAUUGUGAAGAAGUGAAUUCAACUUUUCUGACAGUAAUAAUUACUUUAGAUACUCAUGCCACAACCUGUUGUAAACAAACACCACCUGAACAUUCUUAGACCUAAGGAAAGAGUACAUCUCAAUUAUGAGGAAAGAGCAACUUUGUGUACUCAUGUCGUUAGCUUUCUUGCCAUAUUGUCCUUUGGGAUAUGAGUUUGCAUCCUACUGAAGUGAAGACAGUGCUUCAUUUUCAGUGGUUUGUUAUUUAGUUUCUACUCUCGGUGAAAAACAUUGUCCUUGCUGUGUAAGUCCAUGGUAUUUUCUGCCCAGUUUAAUUACACAAGCUGAAGAGUAGAAGGAACAGAAUUCCUGUUACAGCUACUAGUACAGAACACAGCUUAAUACCACACUGUACUUCAUGAAAAAUAUAUUCCCUUAUGUCACAUGAAGUGGCUUUAUCAUAUGAUCCAUACUCCGCAGACUUCCAGCUAAGUGUGAAAGUUACAUCCAAAUAGACAGACUUUCAUCUUUUUUUAAUAUUUUGUUCCAAAUAAAGAAUGUAAAAUACAUAGAGAUAAUAAUUUUUAGAACUAUAUAAUUACCCAGUGGCACAAAAAUACCAGACUCUGGCUUUAUUCUCCUGCUGUGAACAUGCUAUUAUUAUAAUUUAACCUGGAUUCACCUACCAAAUCACAAUAAGAUUGUGUUGAAUAAUUUAAAAGGAUAUUUUUAGGCACACUCAGCUUUCUAAUCCUAUUCCAAUUCUUCUUUCUAGUAGUAUUAUGCAAAGUAGAAGAUACAGAACAAACUCUGCAUUUGGGUGCUGUUCUUAUUCUGUGGUCACUUGUCACUGUUGUACCUUCCCAGUGAUCACUACAUUUGGUAGCUCUGAGUUAUUUCUUGUAAUUAUUUAUCACUAGAUCUACAGUAAUUUUCAGAGGCCGUAGCUUCUCAGCUGGAUCCAACCCAGCGUUUACCUCUGGACAUCACCUCUGAAUUUUUUGUCUCUAUACAUUCAAUUCAGCUUGUCUUUUAAAUG